AUGAAGAGAAGUUCUAACAAGCUACAAAAAUAAAAUGCUAGUUAACCUUAAACUGAAAAUAGAGGUAAGCCAUCAUAAUUAAAAUUUUUAUAAUUAAAUGCACCUGGAAUUUGGACAAACAAACAUAAAAGUUUAUAUAUUAUCAAAUAUUUAACUGAUAAUGGAAGACAUAAUUUCUUACAUCAAGCAGGUAAACAUUCAAAUAAAGAUGCUGACCAUGAAAAUUAACAAAAUAAUUAAGAUACAAAGAUAUAUUUUGAAUAAGCCCAGGAAAUAGCAGAGAAAUUAUUUAAUAUUUAAUGUUCUUCUAAGAGAUGUAUUGUAUUUUACUUCAGGUACAUUAAUGAAUAAAAAUUAACCUAUGAUUUUUCAGAAUAUAUCUAGAAUAAAGAUUUUGUAGAUAUUCUAAGUUCAAUUUAAAAUCUAUUAACCGAAAAUUUCAUACAAGAUCUUAUUAUUAUCUUGAGUUCUCAGAACAAUAUUAAUUCUAUUGCUGAUAUGCUUUUAGAAAAUAAAGGUGCACCUUCAAACUAUUCCCAUAUAAUUAAAAAUUUGUUUAUCCAGAAAAAAAUUGACACAAUGAUAGAGUAGAAAACGAUUACCUCUGAUAUUGAAACAAUAAGAAAUGAAUUUGAAGAUUUUUUAAAAGAUCCUUAAACUAAAUAUUUAGUUAGAAUGUUUAUUUGUGACAUUUUAAACAUAUUUUAUACUUAAACAAUUGAUCAAUCAAAUUAAGAUGAACAAUUUCAAAUGGCAGAAGUUAAUGAUUUUUGA